CGUAAGAUGGACAAGUGGAGUGCGCGUCUUGGACACAGCGUUUCGCUCUCUGCAUUCCUUCUCAAGGAGCUCCCCACCACCACCAAACCUCCAUCCCUACCACAACAGUAAGAUAGCAGAGAGCCCGUCUACAGUGACAGAGGGCAGCAGUAUGCCCUGCGGCUAGUGUAAUAGUUUACAGAAAGUUCGAAAUUGUGACUUCCAAACCGCCCGCACGCUGCCUAACUGCUCAGGAAAUACUACGGAGUUUUGGAACAUAAUUUCCCCAAAGGAGUGACGAGAUUCUGGAGUUGUGGACAAGUGCGGGAACAGGUUGACGCUCAAGAGCAGCUCAUCUUUCGAGAAAGGACAGACUUUUGAACAGCAGGAGUUCAGGAUGGAGAAAGGGCCACUGUUUUUGCCCCUUGUCAUUCUACUGAUGCAAUGCCUUCCCAUUGUCCCUGUUACCGUGUCAACAACCACACCCAAGGUGGAGGUCCGUGAGAACUCUGAUGCCGUUCUGAGCUGUGGUUUUCGGACCGAGAAGGAACCGAAUCCUCGAAUCGAGUGGAAGAAGAAAGGAACAGAUGUAUCAUUUGUUUACUAUGAGGGACAAUUCAGAGGAGCCUUUGCAGGGCGUGCAAGGAUCAAGGGGGCAACGGUGACCCUACAGAGGGUGACCCAGAAAGACGCGGGUGAAUACCGCUGUGAGAUCACUGCCCCUCAUGACACCAUCACCCUUGGGGAGACUAACAUUACCCUCACAGUCUUGGUUCCCCCCCACACCCCAUCCUGUGAGAUCCCCAGCUCGGCCCUGACGGGCUCUAUGGUGCAGCUGCGCUGUAUGGACCAGCAGAGCAUCCCCCCAGCCACCUACUCCUGGUACAAAGACGACAAGCUGCUGACCCCCUCCCGCAUGGCCAACGCCACCUACCACCUCAACCCAUUCACCGGCAUACUGGAGUUUAAGACGGUGGCGAGAGGCGACACGGGACAGUACAGCUGUCUGGCAUCAAACAAAGUGGGGCAGUCCAAGAUGUGUGAGGCUAAACACAUGAAGAUAGAGGAUAUAAACAUGACAGGGGUCGUUGCUGCGGUCGUGGUCAUCUGUCUGGUCAUUGCCAUUUGUUGCUUCGGAGGGUACUAUGCACACCGUAAUGGCUACUUCAGAAGACACAAAGGAAGGUCCUUUUGGAUCCCCCAGUGUCACGGUGUGGCCCACAUCAGCAGCCAGAACCUCCAUAGAACUGAAGACAAUGUCAAACAAUCUAGUAUCUUCAUAAAUGCCUCUGUCUUCCAGGACUAAUGCCAACUACAGCCCGCCACCCCAAGAUCCUGCGGACUUCAAACACACCCAGUCUUUCAUGCUGUGAGGCUCUCAACAACCCCCUAAAAGACACUACACAGACACUAGCACCAUGACAACACUGGAGUAGUUUUAUUCGGACCAAAUUAAUAGCUCUAAGAAUAAUUCAUUUUUGGGGGACUGACCAACCCUGCUCUCCUCACCCUUGUGGAUGGAUAGCAAGGAGGGCCAGACAACUCUGCGUAGAGGCCAUUUAUUCCCCCUGUUUUGCUGUACCUGGGCCCUCAAUGCAAGCCUAUUAUAUUAGUCACAUGGUACUCCCCUCUGGUGGCCAAGUUGUUAAACUACAGCCUAUAUCGCCCUCCUGUGGCAGACCCGUGGAAUUGUGUUCCACACAUGCUCACUUUCCCCUCUACUGGCCAAAAUAUUAACUACCUAAAUCUUAUUUUAUACCAAAGACUUGAACAUGGCAUCUGAGUGUAAUAUACUGUACAUAUUUUCUGAUGGCUAUUGGCUAAGCAUUGAUGUGAACACAAGGGAGCAAUCACAUUAGGGCUCCGUAGUGGCACAAGGCACUGCAAGAGACGUUACUACAGUCCCUGGUUCAAAUCCAGGCUGUAUCACAUCCAGCCAUGACUGGGAGCCCCAUAGGGCGGCGCACAAUUGGCGCCUCUAUGGAACUGUUAAGAACAUGGUCUAACCCUAAAGACGGAGGGCCAAUUGUGCGCCGCCCUAUGGGACACAGCCUGGAAUCAAACCAGGGUCUGUAGUGACGCCUCUAGCACAGAGAUGCUGCGCCACUCUGGAGCCCAAAAUUACAUAGACUAACACAGGGGCUAAUUAGAAUACAGGUAAUUUAAAAAAAAAUCCACAUCAUAAUCCGUCUGUUUUAAGACGGAGAAAUUGUUUUUUUGCUGUGUUUGUCAGACCAGGAGACAUCCCGAAAAACGCCAGAGAUCAAAUCUUAUGGAUUGCUUCCUCUCCAUUUUGAAUAUUGGCCAUCCACCAUAUCGUUUUCAGAACAGUGCAGGAUCAAUUCAGUGCUAUGAUUGCAAUUUAAAAGGCGAUGUUCCUAUUUUCGCAGACUGCCUUCACGUUAAAUGCUGCAUAUGUUGGCUCAAUAGCUCUGAACUUCGGAAACACUAAUUGAAUUGUGACCGUUGAGAUGGACCCCUGCUCACCUGAAUGUGCCCAGUGCAUAUCAAAUGUAGUUGUCAUAUUCUAUCUAGAGGCUCUUUUUUAUGCAUUGUUUAAGCUAAAGUAUUAUGGUGCUACUGCAUUUUUUCCUAAUAGAGAGUAUGUUUCUUAGGCUAUGGAUGGAUGGGUUGAUGUAAGUGUAUUCUUUGUAAGAUGUUUACUCUGUAUUAAAGAUUUAUCAAAAAUUUGUUCAAUAAUUUCUCACCACGUAGUCUUUUCCUAAGCCGCUAGAACAGGGUGGAGCACAGGUGAAUGAGACUAGUGUAACGUCAUAUGUUAUAAUUUAAAAUCAUUAAAUGCAAGCAUGUAAGGUUGAACAUGAUUUAGCAUAAGAAAACAAUGUUCUCACAUUUAUUAAAUAGUACAUUAUAGUGGUGACACGUAGGACAGAGACAACGUCAUCACGGCCAGUGUUCACUUGGCCACUUCCUGCAGCUGGGGCUCUGGAGAAGAGAAAAGGGAGAUUGUGAGUAAUGCUGGGUCGUAUUCAUUAGUGCAUAUCGUAGUAACACUUGGCAAAAUGAAAAAAAAAAAAAAAAAAAAAUCAUGUUCUGUGUAUGUUUUUCGUUUGGUGCCUAAUGAAUCAUUUAAACCACCUGUGUCAAACUCAUUCCCAUGGAGGGACGACUGGUUGUGUUUUCCCUCCUCCCUUGUACUUGAUGAAUUAAGGUCACUAAUUAGCAAAGAACUCCCCUUACUGGUUGUCUAGGUCUUAAUUGAAAGGAAAAACUAAAUCACCCAGACACUAGGCCCACCAUGGAAUGACUGACACCCCUGCUUCACGCAUAGAAUGAGUAAGCUAUGUUGGGUGAGAUGGUGGUAUUACAAUUUAGUCUGACUGAGCUACCAAUAAAUGCUACUACUGCUAGGCAACAUGGACAAAAUCCAUCUCACAAUAACGAGAAAUCAAACAAUACGUUAAAAUGAAUUUAAACCCCAGUUACCUUUUAUAGUACCCCCUUGAAGCUAUGGGGGCGCUAUUUCAUUAUUGGAUAAAGAAACGUGCCCGUUUUAAGCGCAAUAUUUUGUC